AUGCCGCCUCCGAGCGUGGUGCCGGUCGCUCGGGACUGGGAGACCCCUGGAGUCUUCGGUAUCAACAAGCGCGAAGCCCAUGUCAAGUUACGAUCCUACGCCGCCCCAGCUGAGGCUCUGCGAGCUUACACUCUUCGGGACGGCAAGGAGACCAGCACCAGGCUUCAGCCUUUGAAUGGAAGCGACUGGGCCUUCCAACUGUAUGCAAAGCCCGAGGAUGUGCCCAGGGAGAUCGCCGUGCCCGGGAGUUGGGAGCUGCAGGGCCAUGGGUCGCCUCAGUAUCUCAACUUCGACUACCCCUUCCCCAUCAACCCGCCAUUCGUGCCAGAGACCAAUCCCACGGGCGUGUACCGCCGCGAAUUCCCGAGCGUCCAGCCCCAGGGCGGCACGCGCUCCUUCCUGGUGGUGGAAAGCGCGGACUCUGCGGUGUACGUCUGGCUCAACGGCCGGUGCAUCGGCUACAGCCAGGACAGCCGCCUGCCUGCGGAGUUUGAGGUCUCUUGCGCCCUGCUGCCGCCCGGGGGCGGCACCAACGUCCUGGUGAUGAAGUGGAGCGACGGGAGCUACUUGGAGGACCAAGACAUGUGGAGACUGCCGGGCCUGCACAGGAGCGUGUAUGUCCUGCACAAGCCCGCUACCCAUAUCACUGACUUCGCGGUCCAGACCCCUCUCACCUUUGACGACAAGGCCAAGCUGACCGAUGCCAGGUUGGAGGUUCAGGUGGAUGUGGAAGUGGACGACCAGUCCGGCCCGCUGGAGUUCUUGUCUAUGAUCGCGCGCCUCUACCGGCAGGACACGGAUGCCCUGGUCCGGGGGGACACCUCCCUGACUGCCGUCUAUGACCAGAGCCCCGUGCACAUGGCGGAGGCAGGCCUGACACCCCUGUGGACCGCCCGGAACCAGGCAGAGGCCAGGGGCCGGACUGGCCGCGGAGCGCGCGCCAAGUUCUCCAUGGACGCCAUGAUCCUGCACGGAGCGGGCCGGCCCGCGCAGCUCUGGUCCGCCGACCGCCCGCACCUCUACCUCCUGACCCUGUCGCUGGUGGACGCCAGGGGCAGCGCACUGGAGCACGAGGCGUGCCAGGUCGGCUUCCGUACGACUUCCGUGAGGAACAAGAAGCUGGUGCACAAUGGCUGGCCCAUCCUGAUCCGAGGCGUGAACCGGCACGAGCACAACGACCGCACCGGCCGGACCGUGAGCUUUGCGUCCAUGCUGGAGGACGCGCGGCUGAUGAAGCGCUUGAACUUCAACGCCGUGCGCUGCUCCCACUACCCCAACGAGGACGCCUGGUACGAGGUCUGCGCGCUCAUUGGUCUCUACGUCGUGGACGAGGCCAACGUGGAGACGCACGGCUUCGACGCCACGCUGUCCAAGCCGGAGCUCAACCCCACCGCCGCGCCCGCCUGGCUCGCCGCAGUCGUGGACCGCGGCGUGAGGAUGUACGAGCGCGACAAGAACCACCCGGCCAUCAUCAUGUGGAGUCUGGGGAACGAGGCUGGCUACGGCGCGGCCCACCUCGCCAUGGCCGGGUACCUGCGGGCCCGAGACCCAUCGCGCCUAACCCACUACGAGGGCGGAGGCAGCCGCACCCCCGCCACCGACAUCAUCUGCCCCAUGUAUGCCCGUGUGCACCAGGCGGAGGAGCUGGCCGGGAAUGCCGACGACCCCCGCCCCGUCAUCCUCUGCGAGUACGCCCACGCCAUGGGCAACAGCUCCGGCAACGUGGCCGAGUACUGGCGCGCCUUUGACGGCGUGGAGGGCGUGGAGGGCGGGUUCGUGUGGGAUUGGGCCGACCAGGCCCUGGUCAAGGCUGGCACCGAGGGCGGCGCCGAGCUGCAGUACUGGGCGUAUGGGGGGGACUUUGGGGAGACCCGCCACGACGCACAGGCAAGCUGGUGCUGGCUGUUCAAGUUCCUGCAGCGGCCCCUUCGCAUCACGGCCUGCCCGGCCACCUCCAAGCACAUGGCGGUCGAGGUGGUGAGUACCACGCCCUUUGGGUACACGUGCGAGACAGCCAUGAAGGUGACCCUGCAGAGAGCAGAGGGCAUCAAGGUGCUGACAGACGGUGAGCUGGGGCCCACCAGGGUCAUGGACUCCGAGGAGGCGGAGUACAUAGACAUGGAUUUCGGGUGCCUGGGUGGCAUCGACCCGAGAAGCGCAGGCCCAGACGACAUCGUCAACGUGGAGACCUACCUGACCAAGCCCACUCUGUGGGCCGAAGCGGGCCACACGCUGCAGCACGACCAGAUCCCCCUCUCCGACUGGGCCAAGCCCUAUGCAGCCUGGCUGGCAACAAAGGCCCCCAAGCCGCCGCAGGCCGCGGCGCCCAAGGCCAAGCUGCUGGCCGCCCCGGUCGUGCUGUGCCUGUACCGCGCGCCCACGGACAACGACCGCGGCGGGUCCGGCGGCACCAGCCACGCGGCGCGGUGGCGGCUGGCGGGGCUGGACCGCCUGCGCCCCGAGCCCGGCUCUGUGGUCGUGGCGGCCGACGAGGCUGACGCCUCGCACGUGCGUGUCACAUUCGUCCUGGUGCCACGCCCUGCCCAGGCGGGGGAGGAGGAAGAAGGCGUGAUUGUGGAGGGGGUCGGCGUCGGGGAGACUGGCGGCACGCACUGGCUCUCCGAAGCGAGCAAGGAGGCCGCGGGCCCCCUCCCCACCCAGCCGCCAGGCGCUGCGCGCAUCCCGGUGACGGUGGAGUACCGGCUGGACGCCGCCAGGCGCCAGCUCAGCAUGGCCUGGGAGGUGGACGCCACGUCGGCGCUCCCGGGGGUGCCCGAUGGGAAAGGGUCGCUGGCUCGGGUGGGCGUGCGCUUCGGCGUCCCGUCGCAGUUCCGUGCGCCGAUGUGGUACGGCCUGGGUCCCCACGAGUGCUACCCCGACCGCCUGGCCUCGGGGAGGCUGGCGGCGUGGCGCGAGGACGACAUCAGGAAACUGCACACGCCCUACAUCUUCCCGAGCGAGAGUGGGGGCCGCGCGGAUGUGCGCUGGAUGGUGCUGGUCAACGAUGCCAAGGCCGGCCUCUUGGCCUUCAGCCCUGCGGAGAGGACGCCCCUGCAGAUGAGCGUGAGCCCCUACAGCCUGGAGAGCUUUGAGAAGGCACGGCACGACCAUGAGCUGGAGGCCUCUGGCUUCACGCAUGUGCACCUGGAUGCCGCGCACAUGGGCCUUGGAGGGGACGACAGCUGGAGCCCGUCGGUCCACUCCAAGUACCUGGUGACGCCCAAGAAGUAUGCCUUCGACAUGGUGCUGGGAGUGCGCCUGUCCGUGCGCACAGAAGCAUCACCCCCGCGACUGCCCAUCGAUCUGUUGGAUCAGAGCCUGGCUGCAACACCCGAGCAGGUCUGGGACGAGCUCUGGGCUCGGAAUGCAGCCGGCAUCUUGCGCUGGCACAGGGAACUCAAUGACCACAGCAUCUCCACCACUGCCUGGCAGGAGAAAGGUGGAAGGCCGGAGAUCACGAUCGACUUCACCACCCCCCUGAAUCGAGCGUACCCAAAGCAGUCCAUCAACACGGAGGUGGCGUGCCUGGUCUCGAGGUCGGAGGAUGGGUUUGUCAUUCAGACUCGCUGCAUCAGUCAAGGGGUUCCAUUUUCCAGCGCCUUUGCCAACUACGUGCAAUGGGUGGCGCACGAGACGGUCUCUGCCGAGUCCCGAUUCCACGGCAACGUCUGGGGUCCCAUCCGUGGCCAGAUCCUGCGGGAGUCGGAGGCGGGGAUGAGGAAGGCGUACGCCGUCAUGGCGACACUGCUCCUGCGCAGAUUCGGCCCCGGCGCGCCGCUGCCAGAGUGGCGACCCACCUCCCAGCCUGGCGGGAGCAGCAGUGAGCCGACGGCGAUGCCGUGGGGCGGGGCAGUCCCGGCCCUGGGCCCCUCACUGGACUACUCUCGCUGGAUCGGGGCCAAGGAGCUGCUGAAGAUGGUCCUCCUGUCCCUGCUUGUCGCGCUGUGCUUCCAGUGGCUGGGCCAGAUGCGUGCGCACUCCCUCUACCACUACUGGUGA